UGAAAAUUUAAUUCAAUUGUUUGAGUUGAGAGGAAGUGUGAAAAAAGAGCUUCUGGGGGUUUGAAUAAUGGUGAGGAAACAUGGAUGGCAGCUACCUGCACAUACCUUUCAGGUUGUUGCUAUAACUGUAUUUUGCUUGUUAGCGGUUGCAUUUUAUGCUUUCUUCUCACCUUUCCUCGGAGGACGCUUUUGGGAGUAUGCUUCUAUGGCAGUUUAUUCUCCAGUGGCAUUGCUUGUUUUUGUUCUUUAUGUUCGGAGUACUGCAAUCAAUCCUGCAGAUCCAGGCAUAAUGUCUAAAUUUGAUUCUGGAAGAAUGAAUGAUACCAAUUUAAAGCAUGGAUUGUCUGCGAGAAAUCGGUCUGGAAAAUUUGAUGAACUUAGUAAUGAUGGACGUUCUUCUCUGUCGUCAGCUUCAAGAACUUCCAUUGCUGCUGCUAAAUCCAUCAAGAAAGGUCAACAAGAAGCAGGGAGACUAGAUAACGAAGUGGUUUCUUUGACCAGAAAUUCCUCUUGUUGUAAAAUUGGAGGAGUGUUUUGCUUUUUAUUUGUACACAAGGAUUGCCGCAAAAAGGAUGGAGCUGCUGAGGAGGAAGGGACAGGUGAAGAUGCUCUGUUUUGCACAUUGUGCAAUGCUGAGGUGCGCAAAUUCAGUAAACAUUGUCGAAGCUGUGAUAAAUGUGUUGAUGGAUUUGAUCAUCAUUGUCGGUGGCUCAACAACUGUGUUGGGAGGAAGAACUAUAUUACCUUUAUAUCACUGAUGGCUACCAGCUUGGUCUGGCUUCUUACUGAAGCUGGAGUUGGAAUUGCUGUUUUGGUACGAUGCUUUAUGAACAAAAAGAACAUGGAGGCUGAAAUAGUUGAUAGACUAGGGAAUGGUUUCUCACUGGCCCCAUUUGCAACUGUUGUGGCUGUAUGUACUGCCGUUUCUUUGCUAGCCUGUGUUCCCUUAGGAGAGCUUUUCUUUUUCCACAUGAUACUGAUAAGAAAGGGCAUUACAACGUAUGAGUACGUAGUUGCUAUGAGAGCCAUGAGUGAGGCACCUGGGGGAGAAUCUGUAGAUGAAGAACAGCCUAACAUUGUAUACUCUCCAUCAGGAUCAGCUACAACUGGCUUCAGUGGUGGCAGUUCUUUGGGACUUCAAUACAAAGGAGCAUGGUGCACCCCUCCUAGGGUGUUUGUUGAUUAUCAGGAAGAAGUAGCACCUCAGUUAGAACCUGGAAUGAUCCCAUCAACCAUUGAUCCAGAUGCAGCUGGGUUUGUUGAAAAGGGAAACAAGGGACCUAAGCGCCCUGUUAAGAUCAGUGCAUGGAAACUUGCCAAAUUGGAUUCCAGUGAAGCAAUGAGAGCCGCAGCAAAAGCUAGAGCAUCCUCAUCUGUUCUACGUCCUGUUGAUAUCCGUCGUUUUGAUACUGAAUUAAGUUCCAGUGAGAAUAUGAGUGUCAGAAGCAGUAUCAGUGCUGAUACCGGAGGAAAUAGAGAUAUGAGAAAUGAAUUAAGGAAUUCACUUGCUCCUAGUCAAGGUAGCCGAGAUGAGUAUGAAACUGGAACUCACAGUGUCAGUAGCUUUAGCAGUCCCAGCCAUGUGCAUGAGUCAGUCACACUAAGUCCUCUCCCACAAGCUCACAGUUUAGGCCAUCUCAAUGCCGGCAUUGUCCCAGAGAGGGCUCGAAUGUCUCGGGCUGCACCACCUAAUAAUAACCAUCACAUCUUACAUUCUUCGGAAUUUGAUGAGAAAAUCAUGCAGAGGAAUAGUACCACCGAUCCAUUAUUGCUUUCAGCUGCUGCCCCAGCAGCUUCUCUGCUCAGAGACGUUAAACGAACAUCUGUUGUUUGGGACCAAGAAGCUGGAAGGUAUGUGUCCGUUCCGGUAUCAGCUUCAGAUGCUCGUACAAGGCUGCCUAUGCAAGGAGGAUCAUCAAAUCCAAAUGCUGCAUCUGCUAGCAAUGACAAGAGGCCAGUCCCUGUCCCUCAAGAACCUUCACAGCCUCCUGCGAAACCUCCAGUCGAGCAGUCAGAAAAGCUUAUGUAUACUGGAGAGUCCAUAUUCUUUGGUGGUCCACUUUUGCGUGGUCCAAUUAAGGAUGGGCUGAGAAAUGAGAGUGGCUCUGGUUCCAGAGAGAGCCAAGAAAGGCUGCCAUUUAAUUUACCUCGCGAAUCCAGGUUCAGAAGGGAUGCAGCCUCCCAUCAACUUCCCGUGUUUGUUCCUGGUGAUUUUGGGUCAAAUAAGUAAAGCUUACUGGACUAGCAAUGAUUGUUCAUUUAUCAUUUGCCCCUGCAUAGCAAGGCUUCAACAGAAGAAACCCCUCGAGCUAUAGCUGUUUUUUGUCUUCCAGGAACCUUGCAGUUUGUUGCAUACACUCCAAGGUUCCAGUGGUUUCUUCGUGACGGAUUGUCUAACUUAGCACAGCAGAAAAUGAAUGUAGUAUGGAGUAGAUGCACUCCUUGAAUUCCUCUUUGAACCUUUUGUCUGUACAAUUGAAGCUUGAACGGUAGGGUGGCUUUGUCUAGCAAUUUUGCAAUGAGAAUUACCUACAUGCAUGAGUUGAAAACAGUAAACAA